CAGAAAUACAGCGUCGCAAUGGCCGUUACUCUCCACGGGCGUAUGGUCUGCGAAGCGAAGAGUUACUACCGACAACAGCGCAGGUUGUACCAUCUGCCUUGUGGCGUACAACACUGCACAACUCAUUCGUGAGCUUGAUGAGUCCCGACCUCGACAAUAACGCGAUACGAUGCGCGGCCCAUAGCCCGAGACAUGACUCGCCGUGUAGUUACGGAUGCCGCCAUCCCCCGGAUCUCUCGCAACUCGUUUUGUCGUAAUCAGCCAGAUACAAACGUACGCCAGCCUAACUGGUGCAGUUACCGGGUUAUCUUCAUGACUGUAUCUUGGGCCUUUGAUCGCGGCAUUUGCCUUUUCAGGGUUAACAAUACGGCGGCGCUGAAGGCGCACUUGAGCGGUAUCCAACCCGGGCUCGGGAACCCUUCUUCAUCCAAUGUCGAUCCGUCGCGAGUGAACGUGUUAUUACUCUCGCAUAUCGAAGAACGCCCGUAUUUGGUCGAUGCACCAAGAAUAUGGAAACUCGAUACCCGCCGUGCAAUGUGCGUUCGACCUUAGUGGCGCAGUAACGCAUGCAAGUUGGCGCAACGCGGCGGUGAUCCCCAUCAAGCGCAGGCGAGGUCGAGAGUACUGUCUGCUCUGGGUCCCGCGUGAUAACCACCGCGCCUAUUUUGGAU